AUUUGCCCUUUGUGGCGCGUGUGUUUAUCGUUGUAACUCGUAUUCCAGACGUGUGCAGUAGAGUAGUAGACAAGAGACUUCAUGCAGUCUGUGUCAAAGUAAAUUGCAGACAACGAAAUCCUGUUUGUUCACUGUAGCCCAACGGCACAUUCAGUUAUAUCACAGGGAAUUUUUCAGAUUUGUAAAGCGUGUGCCGCUAGCCGGCCUUUUGCAGCCCGGCAGACAUGGCGGAUGUGACUGCUCGCAGCCUGCAGUACGAGUACAAAGCGAACUCCAAUCUUGUAUUGCAAGCAGAUCGUUCAUUGAUCGAUCGCACUAGGAGAGAUGAGCCCACUGGAGAAGUGUUGUCUCUUGUGGGGAAGCUUGAGGGGACGAAAAUGGGAGAUAAAUCCCAAAGGACCAAGCCUCAGAUGUUGGAGGAGAGACGGGCAAAGAGACGUAAGAGAGAUGAAGACAGGCAUGACAUUAACAAGAUGAAAGGUUACACACUUCUUUCUGAGGGUAUUGAUGAAAUGGUAGGAAUCGUUUAUAAGCCAAAGACUAAGGAAACCAGAGAGACCUAUGAAGUCUUGCUAAGUUUUAUUCAGGCUGCACUGGGAGAUCAGCCACGUGACAUUCUCUGUGGAGCAGCAGAUGAGGUCCUUGCAGUUCUGAAAAAUGAGAAGAUGCGGGAUCGGGAAAGACGCAAAGAAGUUGAGCAGUUGUUAGGUCCUACAGAUGACACUCGUUAUCAUGUGUUAGUGAACUUGGGAAAGAAAAUCUCUGACUAUGGUGGAGAUAAGGACCUUCAAAAUAUGGAUGACAACAUUGAUGAAACCUAUGGAGUAAAUGUGCAGUUUGAAUCUGAUGAAGAGGAGGGAGAUGAAGAUACCUAUGGGGAAGUAAGAGAUGAGGCCUCCGACCAGGAUACUGAGGGUGAAGAGGCAGAUUUAACAUGCACGCUCACUGCUAAUUUGGGCACAACCGGAGAUGUGAUGAGUUCUAAGAAGAAAGAUCUCCACCCUAGGGAUAUUGAUGCGUUUUGGCUUCAGAGACAACUUAGUCGCUUCUAUGAUGAUGCUAUUGUGUCUCAGAAAAAGGCAGAUGAAGUCCUGGAAAUUUUAAAGACAGCUAUUGAUGACAGAGAGUGUGAGAAUCAGCUGGUCCUUUUGCUUGGCUUUAAUACUUUUGAUUUUAUCAAGAUCCUUCGACAACACAGGAGAAUGAUUCAGUACUGUACUAUGCUAGCCAGUGCUCAGAGUGAGGCAGAGAAAGAGAGAAUUAUGAGUAAAAUGGAGUCAGACCCUGAUCUCUCCAAAGUACUGUAUCAGCUUCAAGAAACUGAGAAAGAAGAUAUAAUUCGGGAGGAGAGAUCCAGACGAGAACGAGUUCGAAAGUCCCGUGUGGAUAAUGAUCUGGAAGCUAUCGAUAUUGAUCAGCAAGGAGAGUCACUAGCACCAAGGCAAGUACUAGACUUGGAGGAUUUGGCAUUCACUCAAGGCAGCCACUUUAUGGCAAACAAGCGUUGUCAGUUGCCUGAUGGGUCAUUCAGAAAGCAGCGCAAAGGAUAUGAAGAGGUUCACGUGCCCGCUCUCAAACCAAAGCCAUUUGCAGAUGACGAGAUUCUCGUACCAAUAGACAAACUUCCCAAAUAUGCACAAGCAGGGUUUGAGGGAUUUAAAACUUUAAACAGAAUUCAGAGCAAGUUGUUCAAAUCUGCCAUGGAGUCUGAUGAAAACCUGCUGGUUUGUGCCCCCACAGGAGCUGGUAAAACGAAUGUAGCAUUAAUGUGCAUGUUUCGAGAAAUUGGAAAGCAUAUCAAUUUGGAUGGCACCAUUAAUGUGGAUGAUUUCAAAAUAAUCUAUGUAGCCCCUAUGAGGUCUCUCGUGCAGGAGAUGGUGGGAAGCUUUAGUAAGCGCUUGGCGAGUUAUGGCAUUACUGUGUCUGAGCUUACUGGUGACCAUCAACUCUGUAAAGAAGAGAUAAAUGCAACCCAGGUCAUUGUUUGUACUCCAGAAAAAUGGGACAUCAUUACUAGGAAGGGAGGCGAACGCACAUACACCCAGCUUGUGAGACUCAUUAUAAUUGAUGAAAUCCAUUUGCUCCAUGAUGAUCGUGGUCCUGUACUAGAAUCGCUAGUUGCUCGCACAAUCCGAAAUAUUGAGAUGAUACAAGAGGAUGUACGUUUAGUUGGUCUGAGUGCCACACUCCCUAACUAUGAAGAUGUGGCCACAUUUCUUCGAGUAGAUCCUGCUAAAGGUCUCUUCUACUUUGACAACAGUUUUCGUCCAGUGCCCCUUGAACAGACCUACGUUGGUAUCACUGAAAAGAAAGCUAUCAAAAGAUUUCAGAUUAUGAAUGAGAUUGUGUAUGAGAAAAUUAUGGAGCAUGCUGGCAAAAACCAGGUAUUGGUUUUUGUUCAUUCACGCAAAGAAACUGGAAAAACAGCAAGGGCAAUUAGAGACAUGUGUUUAGAAAAAGAUACUUUGGGACUUUUUCUACGGGAAGGUUCAGCCUCCACUGAGGUCCUCAGAACUGAAGCUGAGCAAUGUAAGAAUCUGGAACUAAAAGACCUAUUACCAUACAGUUUUGCAAUUCACCAUGCUGGCAUGACUCGAGUGGACAGAACACUUGUUGAAGAUCUGUUUGCUGACAGGCAUAUCCAGGUACUGGUAUCAACUGCCACUUUGGCUUGGGGUGUCAACUUACCAGCACACACGGUAAUCAUUAAAGGAACACAGGUUUAUAGUCCUGAAAAAGGCCGAUGGACAGAGCUUGGGGCCCUUGAUGUUUUACAGAUGUUGGGAAGAGCUGGUCGACCCCAGUAUGACACAAAGGGAGAAGGCAUUCUUAUCACAUCCCAUGGAGAGCUGCAGUACUACUUAUCCUUGCUCAACCAGCAGCUUCCUAUUGAAAGCCAGAUGAUUUGUAAGCUUUCAGAUAUGCUCAAUGCAGAGAUUGUCUUGGGAAAUGUACAGAAUGCAAAGGAUGCUGUUAACUGGCUCGGUUACACUUACUUAUACAUUCGCAUGCUGCGGAACCCUCCACUGUAUGGGGUGCCUCAUGAUGAGAAGAGUGGAGAUCCCCUGCUUGAGCGUCGUCGCCUGGACCUUGUACACACUGCAGCAGUAAUCCUUGAUAAAAACAAUCUUGUGAAAUAUGACAAGAGGACUGGUAGCUUUCAGGUCACAGAUCUAGGACGAAUUGCAAGUCACUUCUACAUUACUCAUGACUCAAUCCAGACUUACAACCAACUGCUGAAACCCACAUUAAGUGAAAUUGAACUAUUUAGAGUGUUCUCACUAUCUUCAGAGUUCAGGAAUAUAACUGUUCGUGAGGAAGAGAAACUGGAGCUUCAGAAACUUCUGGAGAGAGUUCCAAUUCCAGUGAAAGAAAGUAUAGAGGAGCCAAGUGCUAAGAUCAAUGUGCUUCUGCAAGCAUUCAUUUCUCAAUUAAAGCUGGAAGGAUUUGCUCUGAUGGCUGACAUGGUGUAUGUGACACAGUCUGCAGGACGUCUAAUGAGAGCCAUCUUUGAAAUUGUUUUGAAUCGCGGGUGGGCUCAGCUCACGGACAAAACACUGAACUUGUGCAAGAUGAUUGAUAAACGAAUGUGGCAAUCGAUGUCACCUCUUAGGCAGUUUAGAAAGCUUCCAGAAGAAGUCAUUAAGAAAAUUGAGAAGAAGAACUUUCCAUUUGAGCGGUUAUAUGAUCUGAAUCAUAAUGAAAUAGGAGAGUUAAUCCGUAUGCCCAAGAUGGGCAAAACAAUCCACAAAUAUGUCCACCAAUUUCCUAAACUGGACCUGUCUGUCCAUUUACAGCCAAUAACUAGAUCUACUUUGAAAGUAGAAUUGACCAUUACACCAGAUUUUCAGUGGGAUGAAAAGGUUCAUGGGUCUUCUGAGGCCUUCUGGAUUUUGGUUGAAGAUGUUGACAGCGAGGUCAUACUUCAUCAUGAAUAUUUCCUACUAAAGGCAAAAUAUGCCCAGGAUGAGCAUCUUGUAACUUUUUUUGUGCCCGUCUUUGAGCCACUGCCACCCCAGUACUUCAUCCGUGUUGUAUCUGACCGAUGGCUGUCUUGUGAAACACAACUGCCAGUUUCAUUCCGUCACCUUAUUCUUCCGGAGAAAUAUCCCCCACCCACAGAGCUUCUGGAUUUACAGCCUCUUCCAGUAUCUGCUUUACGAAACAGUGCUUUUGAAGCCCUGUAUCAAGACAAAUUCCCCUUCUUCAACCCAAUCCAGACACAAGUUUUUAAUGCAGUUUAUAACAGUGAUGAUAAUGUGUUUGUUGGUGCUCCCACUGGUAGUGGAAAGACUAUCUGUGCAGAAUUUGCUAUUCUAAGAAUGUUACUCCAAAAUUCAGAGGGUCGAUGUGUAUAUAUUACACCCAUGGAAGCCUUGGCUGAACAGGUUUUUGUUGACUGGUAUGAGAAGUUUCAAGAAAAUCUGAGUAGAAGAGUUGUACUUUUAACUGGUGAGACAAGCACAGACCUCAAGCUGCUGGGAAAGGGAGAUAUCAUCAUCAGCACCCCUGAAAAGUGGGAUAUCUUGUCUCGGCGCUGGAAGCAGCGCAAAAAUGUGCAAAAUGUCAGCCUUUUUAUUAUUGAUGAAACACAUCUCAUUGGAGGCGAAAAUGGACCUGUUCUUGAAGUAAUCUGUUCCCGUAUGCGGUACAUCUCCUCUCAGAUUGAGCGGCCAAUUAGAAUAGUUGCUCUCAGUUCCUCCCUUUCCAAUGCAAAAGAUGUUGCACAUUGGUUGGGUUGCAGUACCACAGCAACCUUCAAUUUCCACCCAAAUGUCCGACCAAUUCCAUUGGAGCUUCACAUUCAGGGAUUUAAUGUGAGCCACACCCAGACACGUCUGUUAUCCAUGGCAAAGCCUGUGUAUCAUGCCAUUAUGAAGCAUGCCCCCUCCAAACCUGUCAUCGUGUUUGUACCAUCUCGCAAGCAGACACGCUUAACUGCAAUCAAUAUUCUUACUUAUUGUGCAGCUGAUGUCUUGCCGCAAAGGUUUCUUCACUGCACAGAAAGAGAUUUAGCACCCUACGUGGAAAAACUGAGUGACAAGAACCUAAAAGAGACUUUGUCUAGUGGUGUAGGUUACUUGCAUGAAGGACUUAGUCCCAUGGAGCGCCGGAUUGUUGAGCAGCUCUUCAUGUCUGGUGCCGUGCAAGUGAUGGUAGCAUCACGUAGUCUGUGCUGGGGGAUGAACAUAUCUGCGCAUCUUGUCAUCAUCAUGGACACCCAGUAUUAUAAUGGCAAGAUUCAUGCGUAUGUGGAUUACCCAAUUUAUGAUGUUCUUCAAAUGGUAGGAAGGGCUAAUCGCCCCCUUCUGGAUGAUGAGGGUCGCUGUGUCAUUAUGUGCCAAGGAUCCAAAAAGGAUUUCUUCAAGAAGUUUCUUUAUGAGCCCCUUCCAGUGGAGUCUCAUCUAGACCACUGCCUUCAUGACCACUUCAAUGCUGAAAUAGUCACAAAGACAAUAGAAAAUAAGCAGGAUGCUGUGGAUUACCUCACAUGGACAUUCCUGUACCGUAGGAUGACUCAGAACCCUAACUAUUACAAUCUGCAAGGUAUGUCUCACAGGCACUUGUCGGACCACCUGUCAGAGCUUGUAGAGCAGACUCUCAAUGACCUGGAGCAGUCCAAGUGUAUCAGCAUAGAGGAUGAGAUGGAUGUGGCACCACUAAAUCUGGGCAUGAUUGCAGCUUACUACUACAUCAACUACACCACCAUAGAACUUUUCAGCAUGUCCCUCAAUGCUAAAACCAAGAUCAGAGGACUUAUUGAAAUAAUCUCUAAUGCAGCAGAAUACGAAAACAUUCCAAUUCGACAUCAUGAGGACACACUCCUUCGACAGUUGGCUCAGAAAGUCCCACACAAGCUGAACAACCCGAAAUUCAACGAUCCGCAUGUGAAGACCAACCUUCUCCUCCAAGCACAUCUCUCCCGGAUGCAACUGAGUGCUGAGCUCCAGUCGGACACGGAAGAAAUUCUUAGCAAGGCAAUUCGAUUGAUUCAAGCCUGUGUGGAUGUGUUAUCCAGCAAUGGCUGGUUGAGUCCUGCCUUGGCAGCCAUGGAGCUGGCUCAGAUGGUGACCCAAGCUAUGUGGUCAAAGGACUCCUACUUGAAGCAGCUGCCCCACUUCAGUUCAGAGCACAUUAAGCGCUGCACAGACAAGGGGAUAGAAAGUAUCUUUGAUAUUAUGGAGAUGGAAGAUGAUGAGCGUAGUGCUCUACUGCAAAUGUCAGACAACCAAAUUGCAGAUGUGGCCCGCUUUUGUAAUCGUUAUCCCAAUAUUGAACUGUCUUAUGAAGUUGCAGAGAGAGACAACAUUAAAAGUGGAGGUCCUGUGGUGGUUCUUGUGCAGCUGGAGAGAGAAGAAGAAGUGACCGGACCAGUCAUUGCUCCCUUGUUUCCUCAGAAACGUGAAGAGGGCUGGUGGGUUGUGAUUGGAGAUCCCAAAUCAAACAGCCUUAUCUCCAUCAAGCGCUUGACUCUACAGCAGAAGGCCAAGGUUAAAUUAGACUUUGUUGCUCCCGCCUUGGGCAUCCACAAUUAUACUUUGUACUUCAUGAGUGAUGCCUACAUGGGAUGUGACCAAGAAUACAAAUUCAGCGUGGAUGUGAAGGAGGCAGACAGCGAAGGAGACAGUGAUUCAGACUAAGGUGGCCGACACUCUGGUUUUACUUUGGACAGUCCUAGUGCCGUCUACAGGUGACAGUUUGUACGAGUGUCAGCGUCAUUCCGUCUUUGUUCUGUAAUCUGGCAUGAAUGCAGAGAUGUACAGCGUCAGGUUUAUUGUAAGUUUUAUUAUCAUGCAUCUUUAAAUUAAAUCCACAUUAUUUCUGUAAUGCAUACACCAUAAAUUGUGGAUAGAAAUCUAAAAAAAUUUUGUACAGCUUUUCUUUUUUUUUUUAUAGUGUAAAAAUCAAUAGGGCAACAAUUUACUGGUUAUGCUGUAUUUUGGUGAUGUGUGCCCAAAUAAAGGCUCAAACCCCA